AUGGACGGAAAUCAAUCGGAGGCCGAAUUACAGGGAAAUGUUCCGGUUCUUUCGGCGAUAGACCUCAAACCCGAUAACGUGUUGAUUGCAAACAAUACUCUCUGGAAUAGACACCGAUUUAUAAAGUUAUGUGACUUCGGUUUGUCUAAAGAAGUAAAAGCAUUGAGUGAUGCAUACAAUCAAAGUAGUGAUAAACACACCGCAGAUGUGACUCUAUAUAUGGCACCCGAAGCACAGUUUGGCACCGAUUAUAACCACUUAAUAGAUGUCUAUAGUCUGGCACUCAUUGGAGCGAAAAUAUUUGGUUUUAAUUCCGACGAUAUCAGAGACGGAGUGUAUAUUUGAUUUCAAUAUAAAAAUUGAUAGUAAUUUAAAUCUGAA